UCUUUUCAUGUUGAUAACGCUGGUAGCACGCCAACUGCUAUUUGUACGGGAUUUGUACACUAUCGAUAAUGUUGAAUCAGUACUUCAGACUGCUUCAGCCAUUGAGGAAAUUACAAGUAAUGUUGCUGUAUGUGUUUUCUUCUUGUUGAACCUUAUAAACCGACGUAAAGUUUACCAGAUUUUCUUUAAACUUGCAACUUUGGAUAAAAUUCUGGGUGGCAUGUGCGCUACAUACAAGCAAUCACUACUAAGUGUCAUUGGUCAGAUGUGUUUUCACUUUAUAUUUCUCGGUUCACUUGGCAUUAUAAGUGUCAGCAACGGGGGGUUUAACGUUUAUGGAGAUUUGUUUCGAUUUAUUUCCAUCGGUAGCAAUUUUCUGGUUGUUCUUGUGGUAGACCUUGAGAUUACGAAUUUGGUUUUUACGUUGAAACAACGUUUCUGUAUUGUGAACAGUCGCUUUAGUGAGUGCAUAGGCAAAACUAACUUCGAAAUUCCAAAUCCGAAGCGAUGGGAUAAUACAUCGAUACUUUAUAUGGAUAAUUCUGUUCCAAAGUUUAUUCACGUAAAGUCGUCUUUACUCAAACUGAAAAAUCUCACAGACCUGCACGAUUUCCUCUGCGAUGUAUCUGCGCUAGUAAAUUCGACAUAUUCAGUUCACAUGUUGUUCGACGUUAUGCUGAAGUUUGUUGCUAUUAUAUUCAAUGUUUAUUUUCGACUUCUGCGAGUAUUAAAUUACGACAGAGGCAGAUAUGAAGAUAAUGUGUAUGAAGGAAUAAUGGCGGCUGUGUUGUCCUGGAAUGUACUGCAGCUAACAGCACUUGUGUGGGCCUGCCAAUCCGCGUCCGAAGAGGCCAAUCGAACUGCAGCCAUCGUUCACAAAUUAAUCAGUAACACAAGUGACAUUGAAGUAAAAGAAGAGCUCAAAAUAUUCUCGCUGAAGCUGUUACACAGGAAAGUCCAGUUCACGGCUUGCGGUUUCUUUCCGUUGGACUUCACCCUUCUCCACUCGAUCACUGGGGCUGUGACAACGUAUUUGGUGAUUCUGAUACAGUUUCAACUCUCGUUCACGGUCCCAUCACAGAACAUAACAGUGACGAUGGCUUUGCAAGAAGCCACGUCUUCAAGUGGCGUCACUCCCAUUAUGCACCCAUAAAUCUAGAUUUAAAUUAUACCAAACCGAUCUCUUCUACUCCUUCCAUAAUAGUGCUGCUCAGUUUAUUUAAGUGUUUGAACAAAUUUAUAAUUUUACUGCAUGUUUCCAGCUGGGUGUAUGUGAUUCUAUUGUUUGAUUUUAUCCAGCGCCCAAAUAUUUUUACAAGCGGAAUCUUUCGGAAGUUCCUUCUACUUCCGCCAUCAUGCGACUAUUAGGAAAUCUAUUUUGCUCCACCCCCUGGUUGACUGAAUCUCAGACUUUGACUUGUUCGAACAGGAAGCCCAGCAUUGUAGGAUUUUCUCGCAGUCCAAAAAAAUGUGUCGAAUAUGGACAACGUCCAACAGAAUAAUUAUGAACAAUACAUCACACAGUCGUAAAAAACAUUUGAAGUUAGUUCAUUGUAUCUUAUUAUAUAUUAUUAAUGCAGUGAUGUGUUAAAUUCUGUGUGUUAACUCACGACUAGCUAAUUUAAUCCGUAAAGUAAAGCCGUUAAGAACCUAAUAAUUAUACAGCUCGUCAAUCAUGAGACGCACAGGUUCAUAACAGUAUUCACAAAAGCCUGCCACUUGCCCCUUUCUCUAUCAAAUAAAUCCAUUUCACGUCCUCGAACAUUAUGUAGUCGUACUUAAAAUCCUUUUCAGUGUUAACCUCAAACCAAAACCUCUGAAUUGAUAUCUCACCUUCUGGCUUCCCUAACAAACCUCAGUCACAUUUAUAAACUAUAUGCAUGUUACAUGUCCUGUCCAUCACGUUAAGUUUUACCUUAUUAUCCUAAUAAAAUUUGGUGACUGCUACAAAU